UUCCUGUUGGGGUGGAUGAGGAGGAGCCGGAGACGCCGCGGAGGAGACCGGACCGAAGAGGGACCGUGCUGGGGAGAGCAGGAGGGUGAAAAUGAAAGCAGGCUGUAGCAUCGUCGAAAAGCCAGAAGGAGGUGGAGGGUAUCAGUUUCCUGAAUGGGCCUAUAAAACAGAAUCAUCACCAGGCUCCCGGCAGAUCCAGCUCUGGCACUUCAUCCUGGAGCUGCUGCAGAAGGAAGAGUUCCGCCACGUCAUUGCCUGGCAGCAGGGAGAGUACGGGGAGUUUGUCAUCAAAGAUCCAGAUGAGGUGGCUCGCCUCUGGGGCCGCAGGAAGUGCAAACCACAGAUGAAUUAUGACAAGCUGAGCCGGGCCCUUAGAUACUAUUACAACAAGAGGAUCCUUCAUAAAACAAAAGGAAAAAGAUUUACUUAUAAAUUUAACUUCAACAAGUUGGUGACACCCAACUACCCCUUCAUCAACAUUCGGUCAAGUGGUGUGGUUCCCCAGAGUGCACCACCAGUGCCAACAGCCUCUUCCCGCUUCCAUUUUCCAUCUCUGGACGCUCAUUCUCCAACUAGUGAUGUGCAGCCAGGGCGGUUCUCUGCUAGCUCCCUAACUGCUUCUGGCCAGGAGUUGAGUAAUGGCACUGAUAGAAAGGCGGAGCUUUCAGAGCUGGAGGAUGGCUCAGCCACCGACUGGCGCCGGGGUGUGGAUCUCAUGUCCUCCCGGAAUGCUGUCAGUGGAGGAGGGAUUGGCCAUCAGAAACGCAAGCCUGACAUCAUGCUCCCUCUGUUCACUAGGCCAGGAAUCUACCCUGACCCCCACAGUCCCUUCGCUGUCUCUCCAAUCCCUGGCCGAGGAGGUGUCCUUAAUGUCCCCAUUUCACCAGCCCUCUCCCUGACUCCCACUAUCUUCUCCUAUAGCCCAUCACCAGGCCUGAGCCCUUUCACCAGCAGCAGUUGCUUUUCCUUCAACCCUGAGGAAAUGAAACACUACCUUCAUUCUCAAGCCUGUUCUGUGUUCAACUACCAUCUUAGUCCCCGGACAUUUCCCCGUUACCCAGGGCUCAUGGUUCCACCGCUGCAGUGCCAAAUGCAUCCUGAGGAGUCAACCCAGUUUUCUAUCAAACUGCAGCCCCCACCAGUGGGGCGGAAGAACCGGGAGAGGAUAGAGAGCAAUGAGGAGUCAGCACCUGUCACUGCUCCCGCCAUGGCUCCUGUCCCUCCAAGAAUUAAGGUAGAGCCAGCUUCUGAAAAGGAUCCUGAGAAUCUCAGACAAACAGCCCGAGAGGAGGAGAGCUCUCAAGAAGAGGGCACUGUGCCAAGCAGGACCAUAGACGAAGAAAAAGGUACCAUCUUUGCCCGCCCAGCAGCACCACCUAUCUGGCCGUCUGUACCCAUUAGCACCCCAAGUGAAGAACACCUAGAGGUGACUGUAGACAGUGAAGACAGGCUUGGCAAAGAGCCCAGUGCACCUGAGAAGAAAGAAGAUGCCCUGAUGCCCCCCAAGCUUCGAUUGAAGCGGCGCUGGAAUGACGACCCUGAAGCCCGAGAGCUGAGUAAGGAUGGCACGUUCCUCUGGAACGGGUCUGGACCACGGGGCUUGGCAGCAGCAGCUGCUGAUGCUUAGAACUUGAAGUGGAUUGGGAGCUGUUUAUACUAUAAUCACAUACAUGUAUCAAUAUUUAUGUAGCAAGA